GGACCGCUCGUGAAGCCUUAAGUACCACGGGAUGGAGCGUCGGUGACUCGGUUUUGGACUCGUGCGAGUUAAGAGCGAUUGGCAUAUAAAGCAUGGAAUCCCGGAGCAAUGCUUGCGCCAAUUGAGACUUGAGGGAGACAAGAGAGAGGGGGAGAGAGAGAGAGAGACAGUAAAAGGAGAGAGGAAUGGUGGAUUCUAACGAUUCAGUGUCGGUGGAUAUUGACGCGAUCUCUCCCAAGGCUAAGGAACAUGUUGUAAGGACACGUCAUGGUUCUGUCUCUGUUUCUGUGUACGGAGACCAGGACAAGCCAGCACUUAUAACUUAUCCUGAUUUAGCUUUAAACUAUGUCUCUUGCUUUCAGGGGUUCUUGUUUUGUCCUGAAGCGUAUUCCUUGCUGCUGCACAAUUUCUGCAUAUAUCAUAUAAGUCCUCCCGGGCAUGAGUUGGGAGCUGCUGCAAUUGAUCCUGACGACCCGGUGCUUUCAGUUGAUGACUUGGCUGAUCAGAUAGCUGAGGUUCUAAAUUUUUUUGAUCUCAGUGCCGUCAUGUGCAUGGGAGUAACUGCAGGGGCUUACAUCCUUACCUUAUUUGCUAUGAAGUAUAGACAACAUGUCCUUGGUUUGAUACUCAUUUCUCCUCUUUGUAAAGCACCAUCUUGGACAGAAUGGUUGUACAACAAGGUGAUGUCAAAGUUGCUCUACUUUUACGGCAUGUGUGGGUUGGUAAAGGAAUUAUUGCUGAAGCGGUACUUUAGCAAGGAAGUUCGAGGGUGUGCUCAAUUACCAGAGUCAGACAUAGUUCAAGCAUGCCGAAGGUCAUUGGAUGAGAGACAGAGUUUGAAUGUUUGGAGAUUCCUGGAAGCUAUUAAUGGGAGAUCCGACAUAGGUGAAGGAUUGAGAAAAUUGCAGUGUCGUUCCCUAAUUUUCAUUGGUGAUAUGUCUCCAUUUUACGCUGAUUCUCUCCAUAUGACUUCAAAGUUGGAUAGACGAUUCAGUGCCUUGGUUGAGGUUCAAGCAUGUGGAUCAAUGGUAACAGAGGAACAGCCUCAUGCUAUGUUAAUACCAAUGGAAUACUUUCUCAUGGGUUAUGGCUUGUACCGACCAUCCAAGCCGAGUGUGAGCCCAAGAAGUCCCUUGAGUCCAUCGUGGAUUUCUCCCGAACUUUAUUCACCUGAGAGUAUGGGUUUGAAAUUGAAACCAAUAAAAACACGGCUCUCUGUGGAAAUCUAAAAGUUGGAUGAAUUUGCCAAUUUGCUGCUCUUUCUCAUGUUUGUUGUAUGAGUUUGUAAUUUUGUGGCUGGUGAGAAGGCUGGUGAAUAGUGGAUGCAGAGUAUUGUACAUAGGGAGAGGAGUUAGGAAAUCGAGGCAAGAGACUCGGGAAGAGGUUAGUUGAAAAGCAGAUACAGUCAUUCUUUCAUUUGUAAUCAUAGAUAUUAGUUAACAUGUCUGAAUAGGUGGGGGGUCAAGUUUCGGAGUUAUUAUCUGGAUAAAUAAAACAGUAAAGGCCUGAUUUUACAUUUGUAAAGCAAACAUGGAGAUCGAGGGUAUUGUAAUUCCUGUUCAAUUUUAUUGUCCCGUACUCCCUUGUAUCAUGUUGAUGGCAUAUUCAGUGUCGGCACAUAUUUUUUUCUUUUUUAA